AUGGAGACCGGCUGCGUGGUCCGUGCUGUCUUCGACUUCUGCCCCAGCGUCUCUGAGGAGCUGCCCCUGUUCGUGGGCGAUGUGGUUGAGGUGCUGGCCGUGGUGGACGAGUUCUGGCUCUUCGGCAAGAAGGAGGGGGUCACAGGGCAGUUUCCCAGCAGCUUUGUGGAGACCCUGGACAUCCCCAGCCUGAAACAGGGAGAGAAGCUGUUUGUCUGCACCAGUGAAUUCACGUCCCAGGAGCCGGGGAGCCUGUCCCUGCAGAGAGGAGACCUGGUGAUCCUGGGCGGCCCCCUGGCCUCCAGCUGGCUGCAGGGCCAGAGCACCUGGGGCUCCAGGGGCUUCUUCCCCUCCUCAUGUGUGCGGGAGCUCUGCCUCUCUUCCCGGAGCCGCCGGCUGUCCCUGGGCACAGCCCCAGAGGUGCCCACGCACUCGCUGGGCCAGGCGCGGGCACUGAUGAACCUGUCUGCCCAGCUGGAGGAGGAGCUCGACUUCCGGGAGGGCGAUGUGAUCAGCAUCGUGGGGGUGCCCGAGCCAGGCUGGUUUGAGGGAGAGCUGGGCGGGCGCCGUGGCAUCUUCCCUGAAGCCUUCGUGGAGGUGCUUGGCCCCCUGAGAGUGCCCAGGGACUCGGAGGAGCUGGAGCCCAUGGAGGAGGAGCUGGAGCCCACGGAGGCCAACGGUGUGGCAGGCACGCCACCCGGGGAGGUGGAGGAUGAGUCGGAGGGCACCUACGGGGUGGCCCUGUACCAGUUCCAAGCACUGGAGCCGGCAGAGCUGGACUUCGAGGUGGGCGACCGGAUCCGGGUGGUGGGCGUGCUGGAGGACGGCUGGCUGGAAGGCGAGCUGCGGGGCCGCCGUGGCAUCUUCCCCUACCGCUUUGUGCGGCUGGAGGGCUCCACGCCCCCCGGGAGCAGGGGGAGCCCCGGGGCCCCGCCAGCGGGGCCUGGCCGUGGAGUGACUGUCUAUGCGGAGCCGGCAGCAGCUGGCGCCAGCCCUGGGCCCCUUCCGCAGCUGGAGGCAGAGCCGGGUGGCCUGGCACAGCGCGCCGAGGGGCAGCCGAGUGCGCCAGAGCCCCGGGCAGCUGCGGGCACGGCUGGGGCCGAGCUGGGACCAUGUGAGGCACCUGCGCAGAGAGGCCCCAGCCCUGGCUCUGAGCCACAGUCCCCCUUGAACGAUGCAAAGACUGUCAAUGGUGUCCUGCCCCACUCCCCAGAGAGCCGCCUGUGUUGCUUCGAGCCCAAUGAGACCCCCUGUUCUCAGCCCAAGGAGGAUGGGGAUGGCCCCCCAGUGCCCCCCAGAGCCCCCCGCUCCCCCCUUCAGGGCAGCAGGAGCCAGGACAUCACUGCCCCGGGCAGCUGGGCAGGGGCAGAGCCCAGCGAGGGAGUGGGGGGCGCCCUCCCCCCGGACCUGGAGCUGAGGCCGAGGGCCAUGGCUCUGCCACGCCGCUCCAGCAUCAGCGGGGCCCAUGGGGGCCUGGACACGUGGCCUGGGGCCCGGACGGGCGCCGACCUGGACUCCAAGCUGACCGAGCAGCUGGCCCAGUUUGAGCGGAGUCUGUCAGGCGCUGGGGCCCGGCCGGUGUCUCGGCAUUUCUCCAUCCUGGACUAUGGCUCGGAGAAGGACAUCGUGCGGGGCUCCCCAGUGCGCGGCCGCCUGCCUGGGCCAAGGCGAGGUCUGCGCCCACCCCCGCCCCGCCCCAGCACCCCGGCAGCUGCUCCCCUGCCCCAGCAUCCCAGCCCGGACCCUCACUCCUUUUCCGUGCGGCCUUUGCGCCCUGCCCCGCGGCCCCCAGCGGGCAGCCAGAGGAGGAGAACGGCCUCUCCGCAGCCCCAGCCCCUCCCUGAGGGCACCAGGGACUCAGUCAGCGAGUACCCUCUGCUGCUGACCCGGCUCCGGGAGCUGGAGCAAGAGCUGGAGGCCUGUAGGAGGAUGCGGGCCGAGCUGCACGUGCUGCUGGCGGAGCCACAGGACGAGCUGGCGAGGACGGAGACCCUGGAGCAGCUGGAGCUGUGUGAGGCCAGCAUGGAGAGCCUUGGCGCUGAGUUGCAGGAGCUCAGAGAGAUGCCCCUGGCGGCCCCCCCGGCGGCGGCGGCGGCGGAGCUGGAGCAGCGCAUGCUGGAGAAGCGGGCCAAGGUGGCGGCCGAGCUGCUGCAGACGGAGCGGGACUACCUCCGCGACCUGGACAUGUGCGUGCAGCGCGUCCUCGUGCCGCUGCAGCAGGCCCAGGUGCAGGGUGUCGACUUCGAGGGGCUCUUUGGAAACAUCCAGACGGUGAUCAGCUUCACCAAGCAGCUGCUGGGCGCCCUGGAGGCCUCAGAUGCUGUUGGGCCGGUGUUCCUGGCCCACCGUGCGGAGCUGGAAGACGUGUACAAGGUGUACUGCCAGAACCACGACGAGGCCAUCGCCCUGCUCGAGGCCUAUGAGAAGGACGAGCGGAUCCAGAGGCACCUCCUGGACUUCCUGGAGACCCUCAGGAGCCUGUACAGCGAGUGGGGCUGCUCAAACUACAUCAACCUGGGCUCCUUCCUCAUCAAGCCGGUGCAGCGGGUGAUGCGGUACCCACUGCUGCUGAUGGAGCUGCUCAGUGCCACCCCUGAUGGCCACCCUGACAAGGCACCGCUGGCGGCUGCCGUCCAUGCUGUCAAGGAGAUCAACGUCAACAUCAACGAGUACAAGCGCCGCAAGGACCUGGUACUAAAGUACCGCAAGGCAGAUGAAGACAGCCUCAUGGAGAAGAUCUCCAAGCUCAACUUCCACUCCAUCAUCAAGAAGUCCAACCGCGUCAGCAGCCACCUCAAACACCUCACGGGCUUCGCCCCCCAGCUGAAGGAUGAGGCCUUUGAGGAGACGGAGAAGAUUUUCCGGAUGCAGGAGCGACUGAUCAAGUCCUUCAUCCGCGACCUGAGCCUCUACCUGCAGCACGUCCGGGAGUCGGCCUGCAUGAAGGUGCUGGCAGCCGGGAGCAUGUGGGACCUGUGCAUGGAGAAGGGCAGUGGGGACCUGGAGCAGUUUCAGAAGGUGCAUCGGCUCAUCAGCGACCAGCUCUUUUCCAGCUUUAAGGAGAGGACGGAGCGGCUGGUGAUGGCACCCCUGACGCAGCUGCUGAGCAUGUUCACGGGACCCCACAAGCUGGUGCAGAAGCGCUUCGACAAGUUGCUGGAUUUGCACACGUGCUCAGAGCGGGCCGAGCGCCUGAAGGACAAGCGGACGCUGGAGGAGCUGCAGUCGGCCCGCAACAACUACGAGGCGCUCAACGCCCAGCUGCUAGACGAGCUGCCCAAGUUCCAGUGCUUUACCAAGGAGCUCUUCGCCGGCUGCGUGCGGGGCUACGCCACGGCCCACUGCGACUUCGUGCGCCUGGCCCUGCAGGAGCUCAGCCCUCUGCUCUCACUGCUGCAGGUGACUGGCCGGGAGGGGAACCUCAUUGCCAUCUUCCAGGAGGAGCACAGCCGUGUCCUCCAGCAGCUCCAGGCCUUCACCUUCUUCCCAGAGGCUCCAGCUGUGGCCAGGCGUCCGUUCGAGAGGAAGAGCAUGGAGCGCCAGUCAGCCCGGCAGCAGCCUCUCCUGGGCCCGCCCAGCUACCGGCUGCAGUCCGACGAGGUCCGUGCCACGCUCCUGGCCCGCUACCCCCCGGACAAGCUCUUCCAGGCUGAGCGCAACUUCAAUGCAGCCCAGGACCUGGACGUCUCGCUGCUGGAGGGUGACCUCGUAGGUGUCAUCAAGAAGAAGGACCCCAUGGGCAGCCAGAACCGCUGGCUCAUCGACAAUGGAGUGACCAAGGGCUUUGUGUACAGCUCGUUCUUGAAGCCGUACAGCCCGCGCCGCAGCCAGUCAGACGUGUCUGUGGGCAGCCACUCCUCCAGUGAGUCAGAGCAUGGCAGUGCUUCGUCCUACAGCCAUGCCAACCUCACCUUCAGCCCUGGCAACAUGGCUGUGGCCUUCACCCAGAAACCGCCACCUGAUCCAGCCGCCCCGGGAGACCCCCACCUGCGCUCCACCUCAGAGACAGAUGCCCCCCGCCAGCCCCAGCCCAGCCCCUGUGAUGGGACAGGGCUGCUGGACUCCACCCCGCUGCCCACUGCAGCACCCCCUCACCGCCGCCACAGCCGCCCGGAGCUAGCCGGCAGCCCUGGUGCCCGCAACGGGCUGCCAGCCAAAGCCCAGGUCCAGCCAUCGCCCUCGCUGGAGGACAGGGACUCAGGGCUGGACAGCAGUGAGUCCGAGGGCAACCAGGUCUAUUAUGCGCUUUACACCUUCAAGGGCCGCGGCCCCAAUGAGCUGAGUGUGUCGGCCAACCAGAGACUCCGCAUCCUUCAGUUUGAGGAUGUCACGGGCAACCGGGAGUGGUGGCUGGUGGAGGCGCGCGGGCGCCAGGGCUACGUGCCCUCCAGCUACAUCCGCAAGACUGAGUACACGUGAGCCCCGCUGCGGGCUACUGCUGUCUUGCUCCAGGGGCAGACGCUGGGCAGCCCAUGGACCCUGCUGGCUAAGGCACCUGCGCUGCUUGCCUGCAGCCAUGCUAGGGGGCAUGGGACGGCCCCGAUCCUGCAGGACUCGGCCCCGCUGCUGCAGUGUGGUCAGCUUGGGCCGUGUCUUCCUCCCCUCCUCGCCAGGCAAGCGGCCUCCCCUGCAGUCCACCGUAUGGGGCUGGCAGAGCCUGGGGUGCAGCCAGGCACCAGAGGCAGCACCGGCUGCACGUGGAAAUGAAGUGCUGAGGUCUCUUGCCCCUCGGGGGUUCGGGUGUAAAGCAAACGGCCAAGUCUUGUGAAGAGCAGUGGCUGGGGCGACUUUUUCCCAGGGCAGGGGUGUGCACACAGGGGAGCCGUGGGGCUGGGGCACCCCUUGGCCCCAUCCCCUGUGCUGCAAGGGUGGGAGCCCAGCUGGGUUUCACCGUGGGGGAGACCCCGGGUCCUACACUGUGCCCCCCUGCAGGUUGCUGGCCCCCGGGGCUGGCCAGGGGCACCAUAGCACCAGGGCAAUGCUGGGGCCGGUACCUGCCACCCCCACAGUGACCGCUGUGCUCUAGGGUGCCCCACGUGGGCUGCUCCACUCCUGCAGGCUGCUUGCUCCCCUGGGCAGGGGCCAGGCUGCAACUGGGGGAGGGGGUCCCGCUGCUGCUGCUGCCCCCCCAGGGAUGGGGGCUGUGCUGCUGCUCUGUAAAUAAAGGUUUGCUCUUUUUGAUGCCA